AUGUCGGCUCACUACGUCGGUCAGAUCGCACCCAACUACGUCCACUCAACCAUGCAGGCGAACAGCGACGAUGAUUCGUUCACCUUCACCGUCGGCAAGCUCGAUGCCGGCAUGGCCAUCCUCAUCGGCGAGAAGGCGUCUCUCAUCGAGUUCCCCUCGCUUCUCCUUCCCCACGGCGUCUCGUCCGGUAGCGUAGUCAACAUCCGUGUCAUGCGCAACGACCAGCAGGAACGUCGACAGAAGGACGACUUUGACCUACUCCAAGAAGACAUCCUCCACACGUUCGGCCAGCAAGCUCCCAAGGUGCCCGCGCUUCGCCUGCGCAACGUCACCCAGACCUCGGUGACGCUCGAGUGGGACCGACUCAGCCUUGCCACUGCCAACCUCCUCUCGCUCGAUAUCUACCGCAAUGGUCAGAGACUGGCACCCAUCCCGAAUCCGCUCCACAACACCUCGACCAAGCUCUCCGGUCUCGAUGUCAAUGCCGACUACACCUUCCACCUGGUCAUGAAGACCACCGCCGGCACCUUCUCGUCGCCGCUCAUCAAGACGCGUACCCACACCAUCAAUGACACAUCCGGUAUCAGCGUCUGCUUCGGCCACGUCCACGACGCAGAGAUGCUCCAGGCCGCCAAGAAGGCGCUCGCCAGCAUGAAGGCAAAAUGGAGCGACCGCAUCCAAAUCGACACCACACACUACAUCUGCACAGACCCGCGCAAUCCAGGAGACGUCCAUGCUCAGCCUUCCGCGCACGGUAACGGCUACACCAAGGCCAUGCAGCUCAGCAUCCCCGCCGUGCUGCCCCAUUGGAUCUUUGCCUGCCACGACCAGAAAAAGAUGGUGGGCAUCUCGCCCUUCUACCUAGACCAGGAUCCGCCCAACGCAGCCACCAUCCGCCAGAGCAUCGACCAGGUCUUGGGCAAGCACUCAGCGUCAGCAGCAGAGCCAACGGCAGCAACAUCGGCGGCGGCACCAGCACAACCCUCCAACACCUCGGAUGCGGGGCCACCGCCGCCGCCCCUCGAGAAGGACACAAAACCUGCUGCCAGCAGCGCAGCAGAAAGUGCGCCUGCUGCAGAGCCCGAGAACGAGGCUCAUCAGGAGGCGGCGGCCGCUGGCUCGCCACCCGAGGCGUCCGGAUCUGCGCUUGGCCUGAAAUUGAACGAGGACGAACCGGCCCCCCCGGCACCGCAGCCGCAGCCGCAGCCGCAGCCGCCUACGCCGAUCAUCACCACAUCGGCUCCCUCGGACGAUGGCGAGGAUGACGAGGCGCCGCAUGCUUCCGAAUCGUCGGCACCGCCACCGCCGCCCCAGGUCAUCGUGACGCCCACUGAGCCCGAAGAGACUGAAGCCGACGCGCAACCCAAGGCAGAGCCGACAUCGCACGAGGACGAGUCGGACGGCCUGCACGCCGACGCGCAUGCCGACGACGACGACGACGGCGACAUGGACGACGUCAGCCUUGGCGGCAACACCAAUGCCGACGACGAAAACGAAGUCGACGAGGCAGACACCCGUCUCUUCUAG